CAGCAGCAGACCUACAACAAGUUAGCCUGUCAUCCACCUAGCUGCAGCUGCACAGCACUCAAUGGUAACUCCCCGUGCUUUUCAGAUAGCCCCCAUGGAUUUGAACAGCAUCUUAUCGCAGCUUGAAACUGCCAGCGAAGAGGAAAUCGAGAAGCUCUUGGAGCAGUAUAAUGUAGAGAAUGCCCAAACCUUCACUUUUGACCCAAAGGAGGAAAUCCUGCGGAGUAAGCUGUGCCAGAGUGUGCUGACCGUCCUUGGGAGACAGGUGCAGCCCAGCUGUCAGAAGACAUGCCUGGAGACCCUCCGCAUCAUGUCCAGAGAUAAACGUGUACUAGCUCCUGUAGCCACCAAGGAAGGCAUGCUGAUUCUAGCAGGGAUGGCGAGGCUGCAGGCUGGAGAGGAAGAGGAUGCUGACGAGAAAGGCUCUCAGGAACAGACACUGUCAGAGGAGGACAAGAGGGUGGUGGUGGAGGCCUUAAAGUGCCUUUGCAACAUUGUGUAUAACAGUCCUGCAGCUCAGCAGGUCUGCGUGGAUGUGCAGCUGGUUCGUGGUCUGUGUGCCAGCCUGGCCACGGCCCACACAUGGCCCCACGAAGUGGGCCUGUUCACACUGCGCCUUCUCUUCCUGCUGUCUGCCCUCCAACCUGCUGUGAGGGGGGUGUUGAAGAGAGAGUGGCAUGCUGUUAGACUGCUGACAGAGGUACUGGAGCACACCCUGGAUGUGCGCUGGGUCGGUCCCUAUGAAGCUGCCCAUCCAGAUCCGCAGGCCAUACCCAUACCUGCAGAGGAUAACGAGCGAGCAAUGGAAGCACUCAAAGCCAUGUUCAACCUCACACUGUCUGAAACUGGUGGUGAGGAAGACAACCAACAGUUCCGGCUCAUUGCUGCCAUCCUGCGCCAUCUGCUGAUGCUGAAGACUGAGACUGAGGAGAAAACAGAGGAAGCACACAGCCAUGCUGUGAACCUGCUGAACAACCUGCCUGUGUCCUGCCUGGAUGUUUUAAUUGACGCGCCCGUCCAGGGAGGGCUAGAGAAAUAUGGUGGGAAAAACAUGGAUGCAAUCAAGGUGUUGCUAGACUUCAUGGAAAAAAGAAUCAACAAGCAGGGCUCUAGUUACAAAGAGGGCUUGACUCCAGUGCUCAGCCUUUUGACUGAAGGCUCCAGACACCACAGGGAGAUCCGCAGAUACAUCAAAGCUCAGGUACUUCCGCCACUGAAAGAUGUGGAGAGCAGGCCAGAGGUUGGCACCACCAUCAGAAACAAGCUUGUUCGCCUUAUGACACAUGUGGACAUGGGCGUGAAGCAGACUGCUGCAGAGUUUCUCUUUGUCCUCUGCAAAGAAAGCGUGGACAACCUGUUGAAGUACACAGGAUAUGGAAACGCAGCAGGACUUCUUGCGGCUCGAGGACUUCUCGGAGGAGGGAGAGGAGAGACUCAGUACUCUGACGAUGAAGACUCAGACACAGAAGAAUACAAAUCCGUCAAACCUUUCAUCAACCCCAUCACUGGUCAUGUUGAGAAGCCACUGCCGAACCCCAUCGAAGAGAUGACAGAGGAGCAGAAGGAGUAUGAAGCCGAGAAGCUGGCCAACAUGUUUGACAAGUUGUCAAGGCAGCAGAUGAUUCGGCCCAUGGGCGUCAAAUCUGACGGGACCUUGGCACCACAUGAAGAAACUCUCUGCUGUCCACCUGAGGAGAACUCAGACUCAGACUCGGACUAGUGCUGCGGAACGUCUAGACCACGCUUUCCAGACUAAGCCCACUCACUGGGCCCACCCCCAACACAUCUUGAGCUGUGUCAGAUUUUAAGGCUUGGAUCUUUUGAUGGGUCCACAAAGGUGGGUUCUGUAGUUGGGCUGAAUUUGUGCCUCCAUCCUAAGUGAGCUGCUGUGAAGUGUAGAGCUGUGUCCAAAAACUUCAGCUGCUGGAUCAGAAAGUCUAUUUAUCACCAGGAAGGUGGACUAGAUUGAAAAAAGCAGAAAUAAUUGUGUGAGCUGUAACUGGGACAGUGGUAGUGAUUAAGUUUUAACAGAUGCUGAACAAAUGGUGUCAGGUGAUAGUGAAAAAAUAUUAUGUGUAAGUUUAUAUCAGGCUUCAAUACGCUUUGCAGUGUAAUCACUUCCUCUUUUGUUUCUUACUGAUAUUGACUGCCGGCUACUUAAAUGCAAAGUGUCAGUUUGCGAUUAAGGAGUGGACCUGGCUUAGAAAUCUUACUGUCUUCCUUUCAAAUGGGACAGGCCCUUGUUCAAACUAAAUGAAAUUAAACCAGUCUUGAAGUAGGACGCAGCUAAACAUUUCACAGGACGAUCCAGAGGCCCAGUCGGGCCGUAAGCUGUCUGGCUGAAGUGGAAUAGUUGUGUGGCAGGAAGAUUGCCCAGGAGGGCAGUUACUGUUGCAUCAUUUGCUUUAGCGCUCCCUGAGAUGAAAGAAUAUACUUUUUGCUGAAUUUAGCUUCUUGCUGGAAACAUUUUGUUUAAACUGUAGUUUGAGUGUGAAUAAACAUUCCUUUUUUUUUUUUUUUUUUUUUUUAUGUCUUUAUCUUUUUCUUUAUCUUUCUUUGUAUGGCUAGAUGAAGUGCACAAUUUAAACAUGAAAUCAUAGUAAACACUGUUAAUGGUAAAGCUGCUGCUUCUUCUGGAGCACAGGACUGAGGCUCGCAUUUUUGUGUAAUUUUCAGUUUUUCAUCAAGGAUAAAAAAGUUAGUGCUAGUUCACUUUAUUUUUUUCCUGGUACUCAAUUCCUGGUGUUACGAACAAAAAGUGCAGGGGACACCUUAACUAAAUUUAAAAUUUUAAGAGGAGAUGCAGCAUUCUCCUGUGACGGGUGAUGGUUCUCGCCUGUCGGGGCUCUUGACAAUGAAAUGUGUGAACUGCAAUUACUGUUUUCUAAUCCAUAUUCCUUUUGUCAUCUGCAUGAUAAAUCUAAAAAUGUGAACUCUGAAAAUGUUGCUCAUUUGACACUAAAUGUGUGAAUUUAUAUAAACAAAGUAAUAUAUUUUCUUUGCCUUGGAAUAAUUUAAUUUUUAUGCAGCGCUUUCGGCUCAUGAGUCAGAUGCUUGGACAGUCACAUCAGUCUGAAAUCCUGCUUUUUUUUUUUUUUAAUUAAUCAUUACAGUUCAAAAAUGAAUGCUGCUUAAAUCAGAGUUUCAUUUUUACUUAAAUUCCUGUAAAUUCACUUUAAUAGUAAUUGAUGAGCACACUUGACCUCAACUGCCUGAUCUCACAGUAAUUCCUCCAGUUUGAACAGAAAUAUUGGAAGUAGGCAUAAACAACCCAAUUUAAUAGUUUGGGUUCUUACCUGAAUUUUGUGAUUAAAUAA